UCUGCUAGUUUUGCGUUUCUUUACUAUUUCUUUAUUUCACUCUCUUCUUCCUGAUAAUUAUCUUCUAGAAAAGGAAGGAAACAACGCCUAUGUGUAUCAAACGGAAGAUGUUUAAAAUACCUUUCCGAACACAAAAUAAUCUGUAGGAGGUGCUAGAUGCAGGAAUAACGUGAAAUAAAAAUUUAAAAAUUAAUUAUGAAUGAGUGGCUAACGAACAAAUGUUAAAAAUGGACGAACAGUAAAGAGCAAUCGACGAACUAUCGAUUGCAAUACAAAAAUUUUAGUAUAUAUGCUAAUGAAUUGCUACCGUCGGUUGGGUUAAAACUAUGGUCAAAGAACGUAAAUAGAAGGGUGUGGCAGCACUGAAAUCCAUUUACGGUCUUUGCCAUUUGUUUUAUUUUUGAAAGUUGUGGCGGCACUGGAAGGAACUGUCGAAGAACAACCAAAAAUUUAAGAAAUAUUCUGAAGUAGAAAGGACAAGUUUUUGUAUAAAGAACAAAAUUAACUAAAAUCGGAACCCUAAAUCAACAUUUAAAUUACGUAAAAUGUAAUUUUUCUAAUAUAGUAAAUUUGAACAUAUCAAUCGUACGAGCUGUACUACACAUUUGUAAUGCUAAAUAAAAUUCGCUGAAAUUACGGAGUCAAUUACACCAAAAUGUGUAUAUCACAGUCUGAAAUAUCUUCGAUGCCCAUUGCAUUAACAACGACAUCUAUGGAAAAAAUACACCAUCAACGCUUUCUCUUAUCGGCACUUAUAUUGGAGCUACUUACUGCGGUUGCAUUGUUAUUGCAGCUACAAUUGGUUUCAGCGGGCUCAUGUCGUGAAGCGCAACUUUGUUGCGCUGGGCGUGACUCCUCUUGUGUAGUUCAAAAAACUCCGAUUAACGCCAUUAUUGAAGACCUCAACGACAAACCAUGCUAUUGUGAUCACGCGUGUCUGAAGCUAGGUGACUGCUGUGGUGACUUCAAGGAUCAUUGUGGAGUGAUCGAUUGUCAGGUGGGUGAUUGGACCCCAUGGAGCGAAUGCGAUGAGAGCUGCGGCACGGGAAUCACAUUACGAACGCGAAACAUGACGCAAGCACCCCAAAAUGGCGGAAAGCAUUGUCCAACGUUGACACAAAAACGAAGCUGUCAAGGUUUUCGAUGCCAUGGCGAGCGGGGAAAACGCAUUCUUCACGGUAAGUGCUAGCAUGUUUGAAUGUUUUUUUGUUUAAGUUUUACUGCUAGGUGUAUCAGGCGGCCGAUGUAGCCGAAUGCUAGGUGCGCCAGUCAGCCGAUAGGACUCUGGUCUGAUUCCUCGUCCGACUCCUCGACCGACCAAUAUCACGUUAGUGUUUUUAUAAUAGCGGCCUUAGAGUGUACAUAUUUCUGUCAUGUAAAACCAUCAGCCAUGCGGUGGCAAC